AUGUCGACCAGCCUGGCAUCAGAGGUUGCAACACUCACGGCCUUCAUCAAACCUCUCACAAAUCCACAACUGAAAGAUUUGUUGAGGUAUGAGGGCCUACAGGUAUCCGGGUUGAAGGCAACCCUACAGUUCCGCAUCAUUCAACGUAUCCAAUCCCUCGCGGAAUCUGACCCUGUCAGUUUCGAUGCUUUAGCCAGGCGCAUCCGUGCUACUGCUUUCCCAAACACUGCGCAAUAUUCAUCCUCUAGACCACAAUACCAACCGUCGCCUGUUUCUCAAUCUCCUGCACAAACUCGACCUGCACCGCUUGGGGUCUCCAUGCCACCUCACCAAUACUCUUCCGGACCUAGUGCCCCUCUCAUGAACCCUCCUACCGCGGCCCAUAAAUCUUCAGGUCCUCUGAUCUUCAAGGAAAGUCCGUUUUACACAAUCCUGGAACCUUUGACCCCAAUCGUGGAGUGUAAAAUUCGCGAACAAACACGGGAUAGUAUUGAACUAAAGGUCAUGCUAUCUCAACAAGUUGCCUAUAGCCUACAAUCAGACCCAAAUUUUCGAGUGAUGGUUUACUGCGCCGGUGAUUCAGGCCUCACACAGUACACUAAGUCGGAUAUCGCAUUUCCACAUCAAGUGGAGCUGAAAGUAAAUCUCGAUGAAGUCAAAGCCAAUCUCAGGGGCCUGAAAAACAGACCAGGAACUACGCAGCCUGCAGAUGUCACCAGCUUGAUCCGCAAGAAGGCCAAUUACCCAAAUAAUAUCGUCAUGACUUACGCCUUGACACAAAAGAAAUUCUUUGUGCUUGCCAACCUCGUGAAGCAGCAUCCGACUGAAGAUCUUGUAUCGCAGUUGAAGUCACGGAAACUAAUCUCAAAGGAGCAAGUCUUACGUGAAAUGCAAAAUCGCGCCAAUGACUCGGACAUUGUCGCAACAUCAAGUGUCAUGUCACUUAAAUGCCCUCUAUCUACCCUGCGCAUUCAGGUGCCUUGCCGCUCUAUCGUUUGCACACACAACCAAUGUUUCGAUGCAACUUCAUUCCUUGAAUUGCAAAAGCAAGCUCCAACUUGGACCUGCCCUGUGUGUUCCAAAUCAACUAGCUUUGAGUCUCUGCAAGUUGACCAGUACGUUGAUGACAUCCUUAAGUCAACAUCAUCGGACAUCGAUCAAGUCACCGUUGAACCCGACGGUGUAUGGUCAAAACCCAGUGAUUCCGACGCAACCAAAUUGGGAGGGAUGACUCCUACUUCCGAUGACGAUGACGACGACUUGAUCGAGAUCAACGAGCCAGGCAUUCCCGCUGUCAAACAAGAACCGGGAGCCCCGAACAUUGCCCUGGAGCGAACACCUGCGCAGUCACAGUCACAGUCACGAGAGGCAUCAACCCCGUCUUCUGCGAUGCGCAUGUCCAGCAAGAAGCGAUCUAUUGCCCAAGUCAUCGACCUUACUGAAAGCGGCGAUGAAGAUGAAGAGUCUCCUGUUCCACCUCCCAAAAGGCCAGCUACAAGUCUGCCAUCCCGAACCUUUUCCCGUCAAGAUUACUAUCCUCCACCUGCCAGCAGCCCUCUGAAUGGCGGGUCAUACCCACCAUGA